CUCCAAUUGGAGGAGCAGAGUUAACAAUGAGCCUCUUACCCUCUUGCUUUCGCUGCUCACAAUCAGUGGUUGUGUCGGUGGUCAUCAUUCUUGUGCUAUUCCACCAAACUUGCAGUGCCAAGCAUCGCAGGUCCUGUCCAUCUUCUUCGUGCGGCGAAAUUCUCGACAUAAAAUAUCCAUUCCGACUGAAAGGCGAUCCUCGCGGUUGCGGCCUCCCCGGGUACGAAUUUGAUUGCGUGAAUAACAGGACACUGGUUACUCUGUUUUCAGGAAAAUACUAUGUGAAGGAAAUCAAUUACAAUAUGUACGAAAUCCGGCUGAGUGAAGCGGGUGUUUUGGAGGAGACUUCUUGCUCUUUUCCUCGCUAUUUCUUAUCCGGAACAAAUUUCAGUGCCAACGGUGCUGAUCCGCUGACUUUUCCGGACUAUUGGUCGCAUGGUUAUUGUUCUGCAGAAGUAGGGUUUCUUAACUGUAGUAACCGAGUGAGUGAUGAUCCUCGAUAUGUCGAAGUGAAAGCAUGUGGUAGUGAUUCCGGAGGAGUUAUCUACGCCGUUCUGGACCUUACAGCGAAGGACACGAAGGUUGGAUGCAGAUUAAAGAUGGCUACCUUGGCAAACUGUACGGAUAACAAGAAUAAUGUUUCCUAUGCUGAUAUCCUCAAAUCUAUGGAAGAAGGAAUUUGGUUGUCUUGGUUUCCAGUUGUUUGCAGGGACUACUGUGGAAAUGGUGUCUCUUGCUUCCUCAAUGACACCACCAAACAAAUUCAAUGCGAUACUUGCCAGAUCUACAACCACCCUACCCACAAUUGUGGAAUUCUAUCGCGUAUUAUUGGAUACCCUACAGGUACACACGCUAUCCCAUGGUUUUGUUAAAAGCAUCAUAAAAGGAUUAUUCAAUAGAAUAACAAAUGCCGAAGGAUCAAAUGAUGUGGGAGAAUUGAUUGGUCAAUAUAUUCUACCAAUAUUAAUUGCAACUAGAUAUUUGUUUGGAUUCUCACUUUUUCUAUGGAUAUUCAUCCAUAAAUGGCGACGUAGACAUUUUUCAGUGUAUGAAAACAUUGAAAAUUUUUUGCUAGACAACAUAUAAAUCCCAUUAGAUAUGAGUACAGAGAAGU